CAGAGGCAAAAAAUCAAAGUGCAGUCUUGAGUGAUGAAACAAAUGUGAAACAGUCUUCGAACAAACGAAUCGGAACGCAAACAAAAAAUUCAAAAGCAAUUUAAAGAAAACACAUCCUUUAGUUAGAACAAAAACCGUUUAAACCUCCAAUCAUGGAACUCAAAGGAUAUACCGCAGUGUUUUUACAAAUUACAUGCGUUGCCAUAUUGCUGCACACCGCGGGCGGAACGGAAAAGAGCAAACACAAGCCCGGUCGUUAUGUGCCAGAGCUGCAUGGAGGUUUGCGAGGAAAAUAUGUUCCCGAUUUGAGUGGCAAAUACAUUCACAUACAUCGUCCCUACGAUGGUGGCUAUGGCGAUCGAGGCCUUAAAUAUGUUCACGAUGCAAAGGGGAAUAUUUUCGUGGUCAAGUCCGAUGGCAGCCCUGGCCUUUUGCCCCUGGGCUCAAAGGAUCAUUUGCGUUUCAUGGUUGAUUUCAAUUACGAUAACAUGGGCUGGCAGACCGUCAAAUUCGAAUGGUUCCGUGAUGGUGAUGAGAACUACCAAUACAGUUAUGAAAAUCAAAAUCGCAUAUUCGAUGUCAAGGAUGGCAAGGAUAAGAAUGAAGUCGUAGUGGAUAUGCCUCAGGAACCAGAAAAUGCUAAUGGCUCAGCAGAAUCUGAGGAAGUUGCCAGUGACAAAGAAGGUUCUGGUGAUGAUGGCAGUGAUAGCAGUAAUGAAGGUUUCAAUGGUUAUUAUUACUCAUAUACGGAGCGAAAAACUUCAGCAAAUGCUAAAAAUCUUCAAAGUGCCAUUAAAGAUGUUUUGGAAUUCAUAGAAGUCAAUAUUUUGCCAACACUGUAGUACAUAAAUUGCAAAUCAGACUUAAGUGUUAUUUCUUUGAUAGUAAAGCACAUUUUUAUAAACAAAUGAAAAAGUUAUAUUGAUUAUAAUUUUUAUUAAAAAUCAUUUUAAAAUCAUCUUGUACAUAAAGUCGAAAAUAAAUGAACAUGUUUUUGGAUUAAAAAGUAAGAAAAUGAAUCAAAGUAUACAU